CACACUGACCAAGACAUAAAAUCCGAAUCCGAAUCCGAAAUAUCCAAUCCGAAUCGAUUUGAAAACCCAAAUUAAAACGGUUUUGUCGGUAUCACUACAAAUUUUUUUAAUAAGAUUUUCAAACCGUAUCGAAUUAAUUAAAGAGAAAUUCCUAACCGAACAAUAUUAGGAUCCAAAUCAGAUUUAUGUAUAUUCUAACCCGAAUAAUUUGAAAUCUCAACUUACACGAACCGAUCCAAACCGAAAAUCCAAUCAUCCGGAUCCAACACAAGCCUUUUCUAUCGUACGACCUCUUCCCCGUUUAGGAUAGCAACAACCAAUCAGGAACGUAGUGGCUACUGCUGCCGUCAUUAAAGUACGCACUCUAUAUGGCUGUCAUAGUCUUGCCAUAGUUACAGACGCCAUGACACGUGUCGUUCUUCUGACUUAUCCACGUCAUCAUUCUUCUCUUAUUAUACUUUUGCCAUUUUUAGGUUUUCUUCCCAAAAAAAAAAGAAUAAUUCAGUUUCUCUGCUUCACUUUGUUUCUUCUCUGCUAAAAGCGACCCAAAGUUUCGAGUUUCUUCACCUUCCGAUUAACCGGAGAUGGAGUCUUCCCCCGAUCCAGGCGAGUUGGUUGAGUCACCUCAGCCGAGUUUCUUUGAGUUUCAGAAGCAGGCGUCACUGAUGUCGAGCUGUAAUCUUCUGUGGAAAGAGCUUUCCGAACAUUUCACCUCGAUGGAGCAGAGCUUGAUGAAGAAAUCUGAAGCUCUGAAACAGAUGAUUGAAACCCUAGAUAAUCAGACUCAGACUUCGAUUGAGUUGCUCAAGCAUCGUGAGGUCACUAUAGACCGCAGCGUCGAGAUCGCGGCGGGGAAAGUUGAUGAACGGGCUAGAGCUGCUUUAGAAUCGCUGGAGAAAGCUAGAGACGGUGGUUCAACCGCCGGGGAUGAGGAUGAUGGGGCUGGAGAGGUUGACGAUGGCGACGGGCUUCUAUCGGCGUUGAAAUCGCUUUGUUUGAAGAUGGACUCGAGAGGGUUUUGGGGUUUUGUGAUUGCUAGGAAGAAGGAAUUGGAGAAUCUCCGGUCACAGAUUCCGGCGGCGUUGGUGGAUUGUGUGGAUCCGCCGAAGUUAGUGCUUGAGGCUGUAUCUGAGGUUUUUCCGGUUGAUAAAAGAGGCGGUGGAGAGAAAGUGAGCAAUGAUUUUGGAUGGGCUUGUGUGGUGAUUUUGGAGAGUUUGAUACCAGUUAUGGUUGAUCCAGUGAUGGGGAGAUCGAGGCUGCUUGUAACUCCGAGCGUUAAGGAGAAGGCUAAGGAGAUUGCUGAGACGUGGAAGGCGAGCUUGGAAGAGAGAGGAGGGAUAGAGAAUGUUAAAACACCUGAUGUUCAUACGUUUCUGCAGCAUCUUGUGACUUUUGGGAUUGUGAAGAAGGAUGAUCUUGCUCUUUACAGGAAGCUUGUGGUUGGUUCAGCUUGGCGUAAGCAGAUGCCAAAGCUUGCUGUUUCAGUUGGCUUGGGUGACCAAAUGCCUGACAUGAUUGAAGAGUUAAUCAUCAGGGGACAACAGCUUGAUGCGGUUCAUUUCAGUUUUGAAGUCGGUCUUGUACACAAGUUCCCUCCUGUUCCUUUGCUCAAAGCUUAUCUGAGGGAUGCGAAGAAAGCAACAGCUUUAAUCACAGAGGAUUCCAACAAUCCUGGCCGAUCUGCGCAUCUUGUGGCGCGCAAGGAGCAAUCAGCACUCAGAGCAGUCUUAAAAUGCAUAGAAGAAUACAAACUCGAGGAAGAAUUCCCUCCCGAGAAUCUCAAGAAACGGUUGGAUCAGCUAGAAAAGACCAAAACCGAGAAGAGAAAACCUGCAGUCGUUCCUGCCAACAAGAGAACCCGAGCAAGCUACAAUGGUCCAAUGCCACCAGCCAAAGCAGGGCGUAUCACAAACGCAUACGUCUCCUCCUUUCCACCGCCCCCACCAACAUUCAUCAAAUCCCCCAGUUACUCUCCUCAGUACGGUGUACCAGCAUACACCCCAUCUCCACCUACCAUCUACAACAAUAGGAGCCCUCCAUACCAAUACUCACCAGAGGCGGUUCAUGGAUCGUACCAAGCUUCUCCAGUCAGUUAUCCGGCAGCAUAUGGCACCUACUGCAGCCCUGUGGCUGCUCCACCCCCUCCAGUUUACCAUCCUCACCCGCACCACCACCACCAUCACCAUAUUCAGCAUGCUUACUACUGAUUAGACAAUGACGAAGGAACAAAGAUGAUGGUAAGUAACCAACCACUGAUCUCUGGUGUCUACGUUUUGUCUCUACGUCGUUUGUUGUAAUCUCUCUUUCUUUCAAUCCCAAAAUUUGUAGCUAACAUUCUCACUCUCUCUGGCUCUGAAUUAGUAGUCUACUCUCUUGUGUGUUUAUUAAUUUGAAUUAUACAUAUCUCUUUACUUUAUUUAGAUUCCUCGUCAAUCAGAAAUGCUCUGUUACCUGUCUUCGCCUUAA